GCUCUUCUUAGAUCUAGUGGCUGUCGAAGUCUCUCCCCGUCCUCUUACAUCUUUUGAGUCCCCUGUUAUAUCGUCGCCGAAGAAGUGAUGGAGCCAGCUGGAGAUGGGAAGUCUAAUUUCGCCAAAGAGCUGUACGGCGAAAGUUUGCAGCUUUCAAAACCUGAAUCAUCGCUUGGUUUAAGUAAUCUUGAGAAUGAAGAUGGAUCCUUUUAUGGAAGUUCAGAUGAAGAACCAAGUGAAGCUUACUCGAUGAACAAGGAUACUGAGAACAUGCGUGAAAAAUUCCACAUGCUUGGAUACCGUGAUGGGAUUUCUGCUGGACAAGAAGCUGCUGCGCAAGAAGGUUAUAACGUCGGCUAUAAGGAAUCAGUUCUUGCUGGCUACAAGUUUGGUAUUGUUAGAGGUGUUUCCAGUGCGCUGGCUUUUCUCCCAGAUGACCUAAGAGAAAAACUGAUCGAUGAACAAGAAACUAGAGACAAGUUCCGAAAAUUACACGGUUCUGUGCAUGAUCUCUCAACUGAAGCCGCUUUGAAACUGUUUUAUGGAGCUUUGACUACAAAGCAAGGAGAAGAGAAGAGUGGAGAAAAAGUGCCUUGCUCUAGUCUUUGUUCUGGUUCUGGCUGUGUUUCAGGUUCUCGCUCUGUUUCAGCCACAAAUGACUUGGGAAGCUAUGUUACUGAGCUGAGCUCUCUUCUUGACAAUUCUCCUAAGAUUAAAGUUAGAUUGGAGGACACAUAGACGAAGAUAAGAGUGGAGGAAAAGGGUCUUACUCUUCCUGACCAGUAUCCUAAGAUUGAGGAUGCAUAGAGGAGUCUUGUUACCUGAAGUUAUUGCCAAGCGGAAGCAUGGAGGAUGCUUGUUCCCGAUCUGUUUUAUAUUUGAAUUAAAACUUUUAUUAAUAUCAAAAGAACAAAUUUGACUGCAAUAAACAUUGGCUUACACUGCGAUUAGCAGCCCAAA